AUGGAUUUACACCUGAUGGAGAGCCUUAACUACGCCUUCAACUAUGCAGUGAAUUCUCCGUACACACAAGAUAACAAAGCACAAUGGGAAACGAGACACGGGGAUGUGGUCAAAGGAUCCUAUUCAUUGGUAGAGCCCGACGGAAGUCUAAGAGUGGUAGACUAUACUGCCGACAAACUGCAUGGUUUCAACGCUGUCGUAAAGAAGAUAGGACCUAAUGAGCAUCCUACGCCACUGAAACCAGCGAUAGUGCCCGUAGCACCAGCUGUAGCACCCGUGGUCGCACCGGUUGUUCCUGUAGUCGCAACGGUCGCUCCCGUAGUCGCGCAUGUUGCAGCCGCAGCACCUGUGGCUCCUGUACACUACGGAUUCGGAGGUGGACCUUCUGCAGUCAGCCAUUCUAAGACAAUAAUCGGACCAUUGAGCCUGUCUUGGGACCCCAGCACACGUUCCUACGGUGGAUGGAGACCCUUAACGUCUGGACGAUACGCAACCAUAAUAAACAAGAAAUAUGUCGGAGGAAAACUGUACAAGUGGGCUACGGGUCCUAUUCCUUUACCACAUGGCAGCAAAUUAGUAUUCACGAAGAAUCAUUGA